AAGAAUCAGGGCAGUGGUUGUCUGGAUGAAGAGAUCAUCCAUGGCUAAAACAGUCCUGAAAGAAAAGCAGCAACUCCUAGACCUUCCCCAACACACAAUGAUCCUUGAUGUGAAAACAAGGUAGAAUUCUCUCUUCCUUAUAGUAGAAAGAUUCAUGGAGCAAUACCCAGCAAUCCAAGCUGCAUCCAUGGACCCAUGGCUCAGGAAACAGAUGGAAAAGGACAAAUUGGGCUGGCUGAAAGAUGAGGAUUUCCAGAAGGCUGAGGAGUUUGUACAACUCAUGCGUGUCAUGUACACGUCCACCCUGUGCAUCUCCAGUGAACAAACUCCCACCUGUGGCCAAAUCCUCCCGAUCCUCAGGAAACUUGAAGACCAUUUCACAGUGCAGGAGGAAGACACACUGUUUGUGUCGAGCAUUAAAGAGAAGGUUUGGGGGAAUCUCUCUGGACGUUACCAGGAAGACACCAUCCAGGCCUUCCUACUCGAGGCGACAGCGAUGGACCCCAGGUUCAAAGGGAAGAUGGAGAGUGAUGCCACCUGGGACCGGUUGAGGGAGGCAGCUGUAGCAGAGGAGGAGGGCCACACAGAGGAGCAGGGCCACACAGACACAGACCAGCAGCAACAGGAGUCAGAAGAAGAAGGAAAGGAGGAGACAGCCACUCCACUCUACAAACCAAGGAAUGCCUUGGAGGAGCUGUUUGCUGAUGAAGACAUGGAGCUGCGGACCACCAUGCGGCAAAACACCUUGUCCGUCAGUGAACGAGUUGAUCACGAACUCCAACUCUACAAAGGCCUGCCUUCCAUCCCCAUGUCAGAAUCCCCUGCUUUGUGGUGGUGGGAAAAGAGAGGCACUCUGCCCCUGCUGACACAGCUUGCAACCACCUACCUCUGUGCCCAAGCCUCCUCCACCCCCAGUGAGAGGGUCUUCUCUACAGCCGGGGACACUAUAAGUCAGGAGAGAUCACGACUCCUGCUAGAGAAGGCAGAUAUGUUGAUUUUUCUGCAGAAGAACUGUUAGGAUAAUCUUCUAGGUUCUUGUUUGUUUGUUUGAACUUCCGUUAGCCUUUUGCUGUAAAAAAUUAUUUUUAAUAUAUAUUUUUUUUCUUUAUCUUUAUCUACUUUUAUUUUUUUAUCUUAUUUGUUGUUGUUGAAUGUUGAUUAUAAAGUCUAUAAUUCAGACGCAUUUAAAACA